AGUCGAGACGAGAAACAGAUGAGAAACGGACGGACUGAACUGAUCAUGUAUAAAGUAAGGUAGAUUGUCCCCGCAUCGUGUCGAGUUCCUUGUCUUUGUUUACCAUAGUACGAGGGCGCUUGGCGAAUCGGUGGGAUGUCCAGCCACUACAGUGGUAUAACCCUGUACGAGUAUAGAUACUGUACGAGCAUAAGAGGACUGUCGGACGUGUUCGUUUCCGAUAAAUCUCCCGAUCGACCGACCGAGACUCUUCCGAAUUCGCAAAUUCACUUUGCCCUUGUCCUUGCCCUUGUCCUUGCCCUUGUCCUUUGUCACUUGUUCACAGCCCCAGGCGGAACUCGUCCGCUCGCGGACUUGGCGUCGGAUGGUAAUGCGCACCGAGGCGCGAGAUACUGUAUACGGCGGACUAGACGGUUCAUCUAUAGGUCUGUGUGCGAUAGUUACAUGUAAGUUAGUUAUUUAGGUUGUUUCCGCGGCAGAGUCGUGGACGCUACGAUAAGCCGCCCGGAACGGACGGAGU